CAGGCGGCAGCUUUCUUGAGCUCUUGGACGCGCUGAAGCCAGCGCGGGGAUGGUCUGCCGCUGCUGGGAUACCUCAGGCCUUUGCCACUGUGGAGAGCAACGGAAGGACGGCGCUGCGCUUGGCGGUGGAAGCGGGGCGCUGGGACGUAGUGGAGCCGCUCCUAGAGGCUAGCUGCAGCUUGCGGAGCCCCGGUCAGGACCUGCGGUCACCCCUCACCGCGGCCCUGGAAAAGGGCCAUGUGGAGGCGCUUCUGGCACUGGACUCGUUGAACCUGCGCCAGUCCCAGCGGCAGCUGGCAGGGCAGCUCAGCUCCGCACUGCGCGACUCUGAGCGCAUGGAGGAUCUGGCGCCGAAACUGGCGGAGCAGUUCGGAUGA